AAUUUUUGAGAAACCUAGAAAUCAGUAAAUGCAGAGGUUGGGAAGAAAGAAGGAGACGAUGGGAGGAGGAAGAAAGCAAAUAUUCCUGGGACUUGGUCUUGUUAUGGUGAUGGGUUUAGCUGUUUACUUGAGGCUUUGGACCAUUGACUACAAUUUCUCAUCUAGUGAAACUGAAUUACUCAGGAGACAGUUCGAUCUUGCCAGUAGAGAAGCAAUGGACGAAUCUGCAGUGUGGAGAAAAAGAUAUGAUGACGAGGAAAAGAUAUCUUCUGCCUGCCAAAAGGAACUGAUUAAGAUUAAGCAGUUGUUGAAGGAGGAUGGUGCUGCUGGCAUUAAGAAGAAGUUGGACCUGCUGCAAAAGGAAAACAUUGAUUUACUUGAACGACUCGAGUCUUUGAAACAAGAGCUUGAAUCGGAGAAGUUGAAAUGUAGCAUGAAACAUAUAUGACUUCACCAGAACCCUGGUGGUCCAGAGAUCAUUCAGAAGUUGACAACUUACCAAAUUAAUCUAACUCAAACAUGGCAAGGAGGAUUAUGCUUCAGAAUUCGCGCUACAUUAUGCUUUCCGAGAGGCAUGCCGGAGCAUCUGCCAUCCAAAUUUUUGGCCUCCCUAGAAUACUCUCUUUUGUUAAGUGAUGGUUCUUAGAUUUUUCUAAGUCCCCAUACAACAUUUUAUUAAAUCUUGAAUUGUAUAGAUUUUUAGCAGCAGAUAUGACCAAAAGGAGUUGAAC